AUGUUAUCCCCAUCUCUGUCCCGAUCACCGCCGCCCCUCCGCAUCAACACCACCUCUGUCCGCGUCAUCGCCGCCUCUGUCCGCGUUAUCGCCGCCUCUGUCCGCGUCAUCACCUCCUUUGUCCAGGUCAUUGUCGCCUUUCUCCAGGUCAUCGCUGCCUCUGUCUGCGUCAUCGCCGCCUCCGUCAGCGUCAUCGCCGCCUUUGUUUGCAUUAUCGCCGCCUCCGUCAGCGUCGUCGCCGCCUCUGUCUGCGUCAUCGCCGCCUCUGUCCUCGACAUUGGCGCAUUUGUCCACGUCAUCCCGCCUCUGUCCACGUCAUCCUCGCCUCUGUCCACUUCGUCGCCGCCUCUGUCCCCGGUGUCGUCGACACUGCCCACGUCAUCCCUGCCUCUGUUCACGUCAUCCCCACAUAUGUCCUCGUCAUCGCCGCAUCUGUCCACAUCAUCAUCUCCUUUGACCACGUCAUCGUCGCAUCUCUCCACAUCAUCCUCGUCUUUGUCCACAUCAUCGCCUCCCCAUUCAUGUCAUUGUCUCCUCCAUUUAUGA